UCUCUCCAUCUCACUAUCUGUCUCGGGCUUUUGUCUUCUCCCCAUACUGUCUCCUUUACUUUCUCUACUUUUUUCCUCUCAUAUACAUGUGUAUAUAUACACACACAUGAAUAAUGAACGAUAACACAAGCUCCUCCAGCUUCCCAUGACUCAGUUGGUUCUCAGGAGUCUACAGACACACAAGCGGAUUGCCACACAACAACAACAACAACAACAGAGCCGCUGGGAGUUCUGGAGGUUUUAUAGAGCACUAUGGUUCAUGGAGAGAGCCUUAUGUAAUCUGAGAGGCUGGCAAAAUGGGGAUAGACGAAUGAUCCCUGCUAGAGCCAAAGUACUUACAUUGCAACAGCAUAGUGUGUACAUUCACAUUCAAUGUCAUUGCUACCAGGAGUCACAGCUGGAGCUACUGUACUUUCAAUAAUAUCAGUUACAAAACAAAUGACUCAAUAAUUGUGUCAUUUAGUACUGAUAAUAGUUUUGUAUCAUUAGAUGGGAUGAAAGAAGUUAUUUGGGGAAAUAUAAUAAAUGCUCCUUUUUGUCUCAGCUUCAUUAGCUGGCAGACUACAAAGUAAACAAAGUGUAAGUCAUGGACAGACAGUGCGUUGCUAACAGGGAUUUAGAAGUGCUGUGAUCAAACCAGCAUCUAACCAAACCAAGACCCCCUUGUCUCUGCGGAGAACAAAUGAGGCUGACCUUCGUUCGGCGCGCAUGAGAUGGAUCUGCUGUGGCGUGUAUGGCGGCAGCGGCUUUGAAUUCUGUCUCCUCUGUACGCUCCAUUUCCGUUCCUGAAGAGGAGGGCUGCAUACCCUUCACAAUGCAGUCAGAUCCUGAAGCGCGCUCUGCCUACCUCUCAAAGCUAUCACAGGCUUUCACAAUAGCCUGCAGCGCUCUUUUGAUCAAACCCAGAAGCUUGAUGCGAACAACUCGGAGCUCUGCUUAAACCGCAGCAGGAGAGGAAGUGAGAGGUGAGCGGAGGUGAGAUUUACCUGCGUGGAGCGAACAACAGAACCGCCAAUGACAGCAGAGACUUUUGAAGGAGUCUGGGAACUCGCAUCAGCUCAGAUGUAGCAUCAGAACUAAAACUUGCAUGUAUGUUAAGUGUGUGCUUAAGUACAAUUUUGAGAAACUUGAGUAUUUACAUUUUCUGCUACUCCAUAUUGCUACACUACAUUCGACUUUUUUUUUUUUAGUUAAGCAUGGUUAAAUAUUAACUACCCAACACAUGUGUAUUACAUGGGAUUAAAUUGCUGCUAAUACAAUGUAUCACUAAUAAUAAUCCAAUAAAGAGAAAAUAAUAAGUCUGAUAAGAGCCAUUCUGCUGUGUUGUAAGUACUUUUACUUAUUUUUAUAUUGUCCUGUUGUCACAGUUGUCAAGUACAAGAUCUGAAUACUUCUUUCAUCAAUGCAAAUAGUAAGAAUUUUCUGAAUAUCUGAAGAUAAUGAUGUAAUUUAAAAUGAACUUUAUAUUAGCCUGUAAAUAGUUGUACAAACAAUUAGGCAAACAAUAGAAAUCCAGUCACUCUCCACAAAAUGUGCAUGAUCGCAGGAAUCACAAUCAAACCAACACCUAAAUAUUCCAGCUUUAGUUACAUUAUUGGAAGUUCUUAUUUACACCACAUGCAAAACAUGCAAGAAUCUAAUGGCAGAAACAUGACAGGAAGACAGAGUGUGAGGUUGAACUCUAAUGUCAGACGACAUUCCUAAAUGUAAUUAAGGCGGCACUGAUCAAUAUUUUUUUUAUUAACAAUGGAAAAAAGCACAGCUGUACAGCUGAAGACUCUGAGAGGAUCUUCAUGAUUUUCUAUUUACAUUUUAUGGUGUUUUCUUCCCUUUUUUACCUCCUUUUUUAACUAUGUAUUUUCAUAUAAAACACAUACAUUACACUGAUGUUUGCAAAGAUGCCAUAAAAGUAUUGAAACAAACACUGUUGGUCAUUCACUGAUGUUAAAGAAAUUGUAUAAAAACUCAAAGUUUACAUUAAACAUCUGAGGUAGUUUCACUUUAUUUCAGGUCUUUUGUUGAAAGGAAUGGAUGCAAAUAUAUUUAUAUAACAUUAAUUAAUUAGUAUUCAUUUCUGAAUGUACUAACAUGAUGAAUGCACUUCCAACACAAUACUGAAUUCUGUGUAAGAGACACAGUCAUGUCUGCAAAACAAAAGCAAUUUGUAUGAACUACAAAGUCCAGUCGCACCAUUGUAACAAGUGAUUUAUCAACGUUUUAUAAUCAGUAUUAAUAAAGAAUAGUGCACACACAACAAAUCAUGGAGACAUAUGAUACAUCAAUAAGAAUUCAUUAUUUAAUGUACUCUUGUAAGAAAUGCACUGAAAUCAACAAAUAUUUUUGCUGAAUCAGCUCUAAUUCAUACAAGGCCUGUGUACUGUAGAUAGGUUUAACAUAAUAAUGGCCUGAUAUGGGUUUAAAGUUAGUUUUUUGAAUAGAUGCAUACAUGAACACACACACACACACACACACACACACAUGCACGCACACACACAGACACACACACGCACACGCACACACACACACACACACGCCAAAGCAAACGAUGUCACAAAGCCAUGACCCAGUGAUGUCAUAAAAUUCUCUUAUGUCACAAAGGAAUCAAUCAGAUACAGAAUCUAUAAGUAACUGCAACCCAGACAGAAUCUCAACCUGAGAGCAACAGGAGAACCACGUUAACUGUGUACGAUCAAGUCUUUACGUUCGCACACUUCAAUUACGUCUCGAAAAUAUAUCCAAAGACCAUCCAUCAACAUCACAAUGAACACGUCAGACAAGCUGCAGAUUUUUAAAGGGAGCACACUCGGCAGGUGCCACACCGUGGAGGCUUUCCUCGGCGAGGGCGGCUUUGGUUUCGUGACCAAAUGCCGCAACACUGAAACUGGCAGGACGGAGGCUGUGAAGGUGAACAAGAAUCACCCCGAGGUCGUUUGUCAGGCAAAACUGGAGAUCUCCAUUCUGAAGAGGCUGCGGUGUCUGGAUCCAGACACCUGUAACAUCGUUAGGUGGAAUGGUUUCUUCUUUGAUCAAGAACACAUUUGCCUGAACUUUGAACUUCUGGACCAAAGCCUGCGGGAUUACAUGGCAGACAGGAAUCAUCAGGGUCUUUCCAUCAGAGAGCUGAGUCCAGUCGUGCAUCAGCUGGCCACAGCCCUGUCCCAUUUGAGAUCGAUCGGAAUCGUGCACGCCGAUCUCAAACCGGAUAACGUCAUGGUUGUGGACCGAAAGCAGCAGCCGCUAAAAGUCAAGUUAAUUGACUUUGGACUAGCUCGUCCUGUGUCAGCAGCUAGAGCUGGUGCCUGUGUACAAACAACAUGGUACAGGGCACCAGAAAUCAUGCUACACAUCCCAUUUAACGAGGCCAUCGACAUGUGGUCUCUGGGACUGGUAGCAGUGGAGCUGGCAACAGGUUGCCCUCUGUAUCCUGGGGAAACAGACUACGACAUGUUGAACUUCAUCAUGGAGACCCAGGGUCAGCUAGCUGACUAUCUGCUGGAUCGUGGAAUGGGCACAGAUUAUUACUUCCACAAACAGCAGAAUAGUCAGCCACGGUGGACAUUCAAGACGCCAGAGGAGUUCGCGUAUGAGACGGGGUUCUACGCUGAAGAGACGAGAUACAUCAGACUGGGGUCUCUUGAUGAUCUCGAGCAGGUCCUGGCCAUGGAGAGGGGACACCAGAGCGACCAGCGUCUUUUCGUAGACCUGGUCAAGAGGAUGCUGCAGCUGGAUGCAGACCUGCGCAUUAAACCCCUGGAGGUUCUGCGGCACCCUCUUUUUUACCACAUCCCCCCUCAGUGCUCCCGCCCAGACGUCUGCAUUACGAUAGACCCUGAGGAGACUGAGCCUGAAGUGAGCUGGCAGCCUUCCACAUGUCAGACAGCAGGACCAGGAGGCAUUCUUCGACGGCGAAGGGUCCCAACUCUAACUGCAAUGUCAGAACAUGAGUGGGCCGCGUUGGAGGAGAAUGACCUGAAAGAGGCCGACGUCCAGCCAGAGGACAACGCCAAGCAGGACGGCUGGUUUAGACGCCUCUUCAAUAGGAUCACAGGCGCUUUCCACCUUCUGCUUUCCUGUGACGGCUAGGACAACAGUUAAGCAGUUGAUCAAACAGGUUUUAUCAACUGCUUAACUUAUUAGUUUUAAGUCUAUUAUAAUUUUAAUUGUGUAUAUAUUUAAUGAAUGAACAUGCAAGCUUUUAUUAUGUGAUAGAAAUUCUAUUCUUUCCUUCAGUGAAUCAUGAUGCAGUUGGUAAAGAAUCAUCACAUACAAUAUAAAUGCUUGUUCAUUUCAUGACCUCACUGCUUGUGCACUUUGAAUACUGUUCAGUGUCUUGACAACGCCAAGCAGGACGGCUGGUUUAGACGCCUCUUCAAUAGGAUCACAGGCGCUUUCCACCUUCUGUUUUCCUGUGACGGCUAGGACAACAGUUAAGCAGUUGAUCAAACAACAGUUUUUAUCAACUGCUUAAGUCUAUUAUAAUUUUAAUUGUACAUAUAUAUAUAUAUAUAUAUAUA